GCGGGCGGCCGCCUCCCGCCUGCCGGCAACGGAACCCCGAGCGCGGCGGAGCCGGCGAGCGACUCCGCCUCGCACGGCUCCCGGGACGCUCACCCCGAGGAGGGGCAGCGCCGCUCCCGGCCCCGCCGCAGGCAGCUGGGGGCGGCCCGGCCAGGCCCCGCCCGCCGCGCACCUGCCGCUGGCCGCCCCCUUUCCCGGCGCGGGAGCUGCCCGUGCCCGGCGUGUGCCCGGAGCCCGCCGGUGCCGCAGGAGGAGCAGGAAGCGCCCGGGCAAAUCCAGCCGCGCUAUCACAUGACUCAGCAGCCGCCGCCGCCGGGCUGAGUUCACCCAGCGUUGCGCCGGGAGGGGGAAACCUGCCGCCGCCGCUGCUGCAAUGAGGCCGCGGCCCCGCGGCUGCCCCUGAGCCCGCCGUUCCCCCGCCCGGCUCCGCGCGGCCCGGCGCCCCCAUUGCGGAAGCGCGGCGGGGGCUGCCGGAGCCGCCGCUGCCGCCGCAGCAGCGCUGCCCGCCGGCGCGCCCCGCUCCCCGCCCUGCGCGGCGGCUCCGGCGCUGCCGCCGCUGGCGGGGGUACUAUGCUAACGCGGGUGAAGUCCGCCGUGGCCAAUUUCAUGGGCGGCAUCAUGGCUGGCAGCGCGGGCGCCGACCACGGCAGCGGCGCGGACUUGCCGCUCCGCUUCCCCUACGGGAGACCCGAGUUCCUGGGACUGUCCCCGGACGAGGUGGAGUGCUCCGCCGACCAUAUCGCCCGCCCCAUCCUCAUCCUUAGCAAGGAGACCCGGCGCCUGCCCUGGACCACGGGCUACGCGGAGGUGAUAAAUGCAGGGAAGAGCACGCACAAUGAAGAUCAAGCCAGUUGUGAAGUCCUCUUUGUCAAGAAGAAAGCUGGAGGAGCUAAUUCUACACCAAACAAGAACUCUUCAAAACGGAGGUCAUCGCUGCCCAAUGGAGAAGGUCUCCAGCUGAAAGACAAUUCGGACACGGAUGGGAUCAACCUGUACUACUGGUCCCUGUUUGAUGGACACGCUGGAUCAGGGGCAGCUGUGGUGGCUUCCAAACUGCUGCAGCACCACAUCCUGGAGCAGCUCCAGGACAUCGUGGACAUCCUGAGGAACACGGCCGUCCUCCCACCCACCUGCCUGGGAGAGGAGCCUGAUAACCCAGCCACCAACAGCAGGACGCUGACACGGGCGGCCUCCCUGCGUGGUGGUGUGGGGGCCCCGGGCUCGCCCAGCACCCCUCCAACACGCUUCUUCACUGAGAAGAAGAUCCCACAUGAGUGCCUGGUUAUUGGGGCCAUAGAAAGUGCAUUCAAGGAGAUGGAUUUGCAAAUAGAGCGAGAGAGGACUGUGUAUAAUAUUUCUGGCGGCUGCACAGCCCUUGUGGUGGUGUAUUUAUUGGGGAAGCUUUACGUGGCAAACGCUGGUGAUAGCAGGGCUAUAAUAAUCCGAAAUGGUGAAGUUAUUCCAAUGUCUUCAGAAUUCACUCCAGAGACCGAACGCCAGCGACUUCAGUAUCUGGCUUACAUGCAGCCCCACUUGCUGGGAAAUGAGUUCACACAUUUAGAGUUUCCACGGAGGGUGCAGCGCAAGGAAGUUGGAAAGAGGAUGCUCUACCGUGACUUCAACAUGACUGGCUGGGCAUACAAAACCAUUGAGGAAGAUGACUUGAAGUUUCCCCUUAUAUACGGAGAAGGCAAGAAGGCUCGGGUUAUGGCAACAAUUGGAGUGACCCGAGGACUGGGAGACCACGACCUGAAAGUGCACGACUCCAAUAUAUACAUCAAACCUUUCUUGUCCUCGUCUCCUGAGGUGAGAGUCUAUGACCUCAUGCAGUACGAGCAUGGGCCAGAUGAUGUUCUGAUCCUAGCUACUGAUGGACUCUGGGAUGUGCUGUUAAAUGAAGAAGUGGCAGAAGCUGUCACUAACUUUCUACCAAACUGUGACCCUGAUGAUCCCCACAGGUACACGCUGGCGGCGCAGGACCUGGUGAUGCGAGCCAGGGGAGUGCUGAAGGACCGAGGCUGGCGAAUAUCCAAUGACAGGCUGGGUUCUGGAGAUGACAUCUCUGUCUACGUCAUCCCCUUAAUACACGGGAACAAGCAGUCGUGAAAGUAGCAUCAAGAGUGGUUGUAGGAUGGGAAUCUUCCUGGGAAGGGCGUGUGAGAGACAAUAUGGUUUUGGUGAUCUGACCAGGACACUUCCAGUUGAUGUAAUCUAUUCAAAACUAAUGCUGGAGGUGUAUUUUUCUGCCCGAAAGGUAGGGCUCUGCACAUAUACUGUAUAUGAUAAAGAUAACCCUUAAGAUUACAAUUUCCCUAUAGAAACGGUUUUGGUGCUUAACAGGAACGGGAUUUAAAUGCUGCUAGCAUAUUAUGGAUUCUGUUAUCCCUCCAGGUGGGGAAUUUACUUUUUUUCUCAGUUUACCAUGUAGCUUGGAAGAGCCAUUUCAGUUGUGAAAGUAGAAGUGGGCAUCAGAAGCCAAGGAGGCUCCUGAAAUCUACCCCCAAAUAUUCAGAAGGUGACUCGGGUCACCUCUCAUUUAAAAUACCUAUAUAUACAUAUAUGAGACUCAAGAGUUUUCUUCUUUCAAAAAGUUGCAUUCAUGACUUACCUAUGGACAACUUCAAACUUGUGUAGUCCUUCGAACCUCCAUUUUCCUCUCCCAUCUCUUGUUCAGUAGACUAUACUCCUGUAUGUUAGUAGGAAAACUGAAAUUGUUUUCAGUGUGACUAUGCCUGUUUACUGCAGCUAAAACAGCCACCUGCAAAAUUGUCCAGGAGAAAUAGGUCACAGUCCUGUAUGGCAAGAUUUAUUCUGGUGCAAAAGUUAUUUGUCAAGAUUCCCUGUCGUGUGUAUACCAUGAUUAUACAGAGCACGCAAACUCUGCUUUAUGUGAUGUUUACGUGGAGGCCAUGGUUUCUUUGGGAUCAGAGAUUUGCAUUCAUUGAAUGGUUCUGCCUGCUUUAUCCUGUUCGAAGAAUCCCUGACCAUACAGCUUUUGCAUUGGUUGGGAUUCAUAAAUUUAUUUGGGCUCCUGAGUGUGUUUUUUAGUUGGAUUCCUACUUGAAGUGGCAGUAUUGUUCUCGUUAUCAAUUUGGAUUCCCAGAUAGUGAUCUAUUUAAAAGUCAUUUCAUGUCUUCCUGCGUCACUUAUUAUUCAGUAUACAUUUGCCUGCUUGACUUAGUGAUCAGAAAGCUUGUAACUUUCUGUCCUCCUGGUACUGAGGGCUGUAGUCAAGGAUCAAAAGAUCCCUGUGAUAGAUACAAGCCCUUGGUUAGCUUCAGCAGCUUUUUUCUUAGCAGUGAUGAAUCAAUUUAAAUAAAAUCUGAGUAAAAUAUUAUCAGUGAAAGCAAUAGUCCAAGAAGGAAACAAGAGAGGAAAUCUGCAGCUUAACCUGCCUGCCGGUUCUUCAAGCCGGUACUUCAUUGGCAGGAGUUGAAGCGAAAACAAAAUCAGAAGGUUCUAUCAUAGGCAGCUAUAUUGGCUGGGGAGCCAAGGUCAGCCGUCUGCCCCCAGCUUUUGGAGCUGCUCAUUUAGUUUGUACUUCUUGGAUAGCCAAAGGGCAGGGAACUGGCAUACUUGCAGGGCACCGACUAGGCAGCUCACAAAUGUUGUGUCCUUUCCAAAGAAGGAGGAGGAGGAUGCUGUGCCCUUUGCAGACUUUCUCCUUAACAGGCAGGACCUGGAGCUCACCAGUUUUGUAACUUAAAAUGUGCUGUGUAAAGAACCCACAGCGCAUGUGUGGUGUAGCUGCCCAGAUGCUUUAUUUGAUUGCAUCCGGAAGUACAUGUGCAGCAGUCUCGGUGGAUUUAAACUACCAUUGCUCUAAAUCUCUACACCCAGUAGGAGUUUCAGGCUGAAAGCAGGCAAUGCAGAGGGUGUAAUGGCUCAAAUGUGCAGCAAACUGCAUGAUUUUAGCCUGAAAACUGUUCCAUUCAUCCCCCAGUGCCUGCAUGUGAUAAAGCUGUGCAGAACACGGAUGUUUUAUGUUCUAGAGCUUCAGCAUAAAUCAAUGGCAUAUCUGAUUAUGUGUUGUCAUGCUUUAUCUGCUCUUUCCUAAUUUUUUUUUUCCCUUCUUUUUCUGUGUGCAGCUGGGUGAAAAGAGAGGUUUGGAGUCUAGAAUAUUUUUCACAUGGCCCUUUAUGUUUUAAAGUUUAAGCAAGAGAUCAUCUCUUGCACUUUUUUUGGCCUAAUAAACUUGUAAACAUGCUUUUCAUGCUCUGUGUAACUCCUGUUGUCUCUUCACAAAUGCAGUUGUGUAGUCCUCUAGCAAUUCAGAUGCUCUUUCACAAAGAAACUAAUGCCAGCAAUUCCAGUGGAGUCGUCUGAACAGCAAGGAAGCUGGUACUUGCUGGUACCAGCUACAAGCCUGAGUCAAAUAUUUCAGUGCUCACACAUUGUUAGUCUUCAUUAUUUGGUAACAUGGUGUCAACACACACGCCAGUCAUUAUAAAACCACUGAGUACAAUGUGGUGGAAAUAUAUUUCCAGUGUAGGAUUUGCCAGAAUUUAAAAGUGAAACUUCAAGGCAAUGGAAAAUGCACCUUCUCAUUCAGGGGUGUUUUCAAGCGUACCCCUGGGCAGAUGGGUUAGCAGAGUGCGUGACUUGGUGGGAGCAAACUGGCUGGUGACUUCUCAGAGCAAAACCUCAUGGGCACUGCUAUGGUUUUGUGAAUCAGCCUCCACUAAGUUUGCUGUUCAUCUGAGGUAUUGCCAUCAGCCAGCCUGCUCCUCUGCAGCUGGACCCUGGUUGAGUUGUGUUAGCUGUCAGCCCCUCUCCUGGAAAAGGCAGAAGUACAGUAUCAGCAAUUGAUAUCAAUUAGCAUCAAUUAAUAAAUUCUGAGAACUUGAAAGGAUAAUAAAGUUUCCUACUCAGAUGUAUGUGACUGCAACUAUGCUGUGAUGCUUUUUGGUUUGCUUUUUUAUAAGCAAAACAAUCUGUUACACGUUUACAUGCUUUCCUCAUUAGAGCAUCUCUGGUAUGCUGUGACAGCACUUGGGCUAUCACUUCUAUCUGCUUUCAGUAGGAGCAUCUUACGUGCCUGCACUGUGUCUGUGCUCUGCUUCAAGGUGUGGUAUAAAUACAUAUACACACCAAAGCCUCAUGUAAAUAGGAGGCAGGAGUCAUUAAUAAAUGAGGAGGUAUUGUGAGAAGCAAGAAUAAUUAAAAGCAUUUCCAGUUCCCUUUACAGGUUGAAUUAUGUGGGGAGUCACAGCACUUAGAGGCCACCGGUGGCAGGGAGGAUCCGUGCUGCACAGUGCCGUGUUCAGGCCUGCAGCCGUUCUAAGGGCUCAGUGAAGCUCCUGAAUUCAGAGCAGGCAGCUUGCUGCCUCAAAUAGGAGCAAGUUAGGCACUAAGUCCAAAUUUUAGAUCCUGGGCACAUCAUCUUAGUUGGCAGCAGUAUGGGGUUUUGCUGCCUGAUGCUGGCAGCAGUAUGGGGUUUUGCCAGGUUAGUGUCUGAAGCUGUUGAAGCCUUAGCAGCAAGGAACCUCAGUCCUGAGUGACAUUGGUAUUCAUACUGCUAUUGCACAGUGCUAUGUCCUUGCCUGUGCAUAAGCACUGCUUAGAAAGUCAGGCAAGAUCUUGGACAAUGGCAAGGAAAGGAGGUGUAUGCCAUUUAGUUCAGGUGAGCCGACAGUGCAAUGUAACUCGCCUUCUGGUACCUAGGCCACUCCAAUUCCUAGAAACUCAAACCCAAGAAGCUUCUCCCAUUCUCCUGUUGCAGAAGGCAAUACAGCCAUUUCGGACAUGCAGUACAGCCUAAAAGGUUCUUGGUUUAAUUUGAUGAAGAAGGUAGGUAGAAAUUUUGUUUACACCUUAAGUGAGGCACACAACCACCUUUUGGUAUGGCAAGACAAUGCUGCUUCCUUCAGCAACACAAAAGCCAGUCGUCCAAGAGGGCUGAGACUCAGUGGCCUUGUGCUGGAGAGAGAGAAAAACCAACAGGGCUAACAAGCUGAAGGAAGAGUGGUCAGAUUCUGCUUUUCACAGUGGAGUUCCAUGUUAAAGUUACUUCCGUGUUAAAAUACGACAAGAUGUCUGUGAGGUACCAUCGACUCUGCCUCCAGGGUAUUUUUGAAGAACUGCACUUGUUGUUUGGGCAGAUUUUGGCUUUGAACUUUUGCUAGGUUUGUACCAAACACUACAUACUCCGAGCAAAUCUGCUGUUUCUUCCUGCCUUGGUGUUUUGCUUUUAUUUUACAUUUUAUGUACAAAUACUUUCAACAUUUUUGUAUCAAACAUGAAUUGCAAACUGUGGAAUUGUUGCUCCUCUCUGACAUUUUUGGUAUGUGAAUAGUUUUCCUUUGUGUGUCUUAGAUGAAGAUACAGUGAUGUGGCUGCCAUAGAGAGAGUGACCAAAUGAUUCUGUAACUGUGCUGCUGUAUUUCUACCUGUGAUGUACUUGAAGGAGGAUGCUCUUGUCCACCUCCACCCUCAUUCUUUUUUCUUUUUAUUUCUGUUUUUAUUUUUUAACCAUUGCUGCUGGUGUUCUUCCAUAGAGUCUUAUCUUGGAUUUUUUUAAUAGCUGCCACCUUUUUCUUUCUUUCAUUGGACAAGUUGUCUUGCUUUGAGAUCUGUACAACUGUGUAGGUUUUACAUGUCCUGAAGAACGGAAGAGCUGCUGGAGGAAGAUGUUUUGGACCAAUGUACUUCUGCUUUGUGACUGUGAAAUGUUAAUCUUUUUGUAACCUAAGAACAAAAAAAUGUUUAGUAAAGGGAUAUAUUUUGUGUUUUUUGAAACUUUUCAGUGCAAUGAACAAAAGAGGAGGAGGAUGAAGAAGUGUAUGCGCAAAGUUUUAAAAUAAAAUUUUAAAUUAUAUAUUAUAUAUAUCCA